CUUUUUUUUGUCCCAAACAUUUUCAAGAAUUUGGCAUUUAUCACCUGAGAAUUCAAAUUUCCUCCCCUCCAAACGCUUUCUCUCAGAGCCUGGAACCUUUUUCUAACAAUACUCAAAAAAAGACUCAUCCGGCAAGUUAAAAGACCCGACCCGGAGAGUUAAAGCCCAAUCCGAGUGAGUGAAGCUUAGGGGCGUUGUUCGGUCCGGUCCUAUACUCUUAUCAUCCUUGGCAUUGUUGUUUGUUCCAUGGCGGCCCCAAGGGUCUUGGUUAUCGACGCGGGGCGUUUGGCCAGAGAUGAGGAGAAGAAUCUUGAUUUCCCGGCGAUCUCUGCUGCCGAAUCGCCGACGGGUAAGCGGUUUAAGGAAGGCAAGAUUCAGUUUACCAACUGGGAAUUCGCGACGGCUCUGGGGGUUUUCGCGGUGUCUUCGACUGGGUUGUUCUGCAUCUACUUGACCAUGCCUGCGGCCGGUUAUGGGAAGCUCAAGCUGCCACGUACGGCUGCCGAUCUCCGGAUUCUCAAAGAGCAGUUGGCAAUGUACGCUGAAGUAUACCCUGCAAGAUUUGUCAUUGGUUACUGCUCAACUUAUAUAUUCAUGCAGACUUUUAUGAUUCCUGGGACUAUUUUCAUGUCCUUACUUGCUGGGGCACUUUUCGGUGUUCUUAAAGGGCUUUUCUUGGUUAUCUUUAAUGCAACAGCUGGUGCUUCGUCGUGCUAUUUUCUCUCCAAAUUGAUUGGCCGGCCUAUAGUAAACUCGUUAUGGCCUGAAAAGUUGAAAUUUUUCCAAGCUGAGAUAGCAAAGCGUGGGGAUUCAUUACUUAAUUACAUGCUAUUUCUGAGGGUGACCCCAACUUUGCCAAACCUUUUUAUCAAUUUGGCCUCUCCAAUCGUGGAUGUACCAUUCCGUAUUUUCUUUAUGGCCACAGCAAUUGGUCUUAUUCCCGCUGCCUUUAUUACUGUCAGGGCUGGGCUUGCCCUCGGAGAUUUGCAGUCAGUAAAGGAUUUGUAUGAUAUCAAGACUUUGUCUGUUCUAUUCCUCAUUGGUUCUGUCAUUAUAUUUCCAACCAUUCUCAAAAGGAAGCAUUUAUACGAAUAGUUUUAACUCUUUUUUUGGAUCUUAGAAGAGAUUAAAACUAUAGCUAGGAAGCGUAGGAGUCAGAAAAUGGUUCUUGUUUGGUAUGACACAACCUAAACGCAGACAUUAAAUGUUGUUUGCUUGUCUCUUGCAUCAACAAUCCAUAAGUUCCCUUAUUGGUUCUUAUGUAUGUUGAUUGUACUAAAUCAUGUCUAUGAGGCUGAUAUGUAAUGUGGAAUGCUUUAUGAAUGAUCUUACAAUGCUACUGUAUAGAGAUGAGUAGUUCAGGGAGUUCUAGUGUUUAUCUUGGUUUAGUAAAUGUUUAAAAUUCAUCAGCAUUAAUUCUUCAAAGCGUAUGUUCCAUUUGCCUUUA